AGGAGUUCACCCCAUCCUGUUCAACCGCAGGUCUUACUACGUGCUGAUCCUGUCUCAGCAAGGACCCUCUUAGGAAUGGGACCAGAACCUACCAGAUCCUGACAGCUGCCCCCUCCCGCUCCUUUCCCCCCUCUUCCUCGUCCCGUGAUAAUGGAUGAGUGGAAACCCAACGCUCCAGCCAAACAGUUUGUCCCGCGGAAAAACCGGAGCUGGUACCUGGCCUGGAAGUACAAGCUGAUGAACCAGAGGGCCGUCCGGCGGCUGUGCCAGAUGGGGGCCGUCCUCUUCCUGCUUGUGACGGUCAUUGUGAAUAUCAAGCUGAUCUUGGACACUAGAAGAGCUGCCAGCGAGGAGGAGGAGGAGUCUGCCCAAGACUAUGAUGAAGGCGUGCAGCACCUGGAGACCCCGCGCCGCCCCACCAGCAGGCAGCAGCUCUUGGACAUCGAGGUGUACUCCAGCCGGUCGAAGGUCUACGUGGCUGUGGACGGGACGACGGUGUUGGAAGAUGAGGCUCGGGAGCAGGGCAGAGGGAUCCACGUCAUUGUGUUAAAUCAGGCUACGGGGCACGUGAUGGCCAAGCGGGUGUUCGACACCUACUCGCCCCAUGAGGACGAAGCCAUGGUCCUUUUCCUCAACAUGGUGGCCCGGGGCCGCAUCCUGAUCUUCUCCAUUAAGGACGAAGGCUCCUUCCACCUUAAAGACCCGGCAAAGAGCCUCCUGAAGGCCUUGGGGAGCCAAGCGGCCUCGUCCCUCAGCUGGCGGGACAUGUGGAGCUUUGUGGGGAAGAAAGGAGGCGAGGUGUACGGCGAGAAGCAUUCCAAGUCCCCGGCGCUCUCGGCCUGGGGGGACCCUGUCUUGCUGAAGACCGAAGUCCAGCUGACCUCCGUGGAAGACGCCGAGUGCCGCUGGCCGGACACGGAGGCCCCCGGACCCCCCUGCCCUGCCCUGGGGGAGAGGAAAGCCCUGGCCCCGGGCGUGGCCCCGACCUGGCAGGAUGCCCGCAGGAAACUGAGCGUCCCGCCCUUGGGGGGGCUGUGGUCAUCGGGGGCUGCUGGUGGCUUCCCAAAGCCCUUCUCUCCAAUGCUUUUUCUCUUCCAGCUCCAGGACAACAAAGUCUUUAACGUGCCGGUGGCUGUCAUUGCAGGGAACCGACCCAACUACCUGUACAGGAUGCUGCGGUCCCUGCUGUCGGCCCAGGGGGUCAACCCCCAGAUGAUCACCGUCUUCAUUGAUGGGUAUUAUGAGGAGCCGAUGGACGUGGUGGAGCUGUUUGGCCUGAAAGGGAUUCAGCACACUCCCAUUAGCAUUAAAAAUGCUCGGGUGUCCCAGCACUACAAGGCCAGUCUGACUGCAACCUUCAACCUGCAUCCGGAUGCCAGGUUUGCUGUGGUACUGGAAGAAGACUUGGACAUCUCCAUCGACUUCUUCAGCUUCCUGAGCCAGUCUAUCUAUUUACUGGAGGAGGACGACAGCCUGUACUGCAUCUCGGCCUGGAACGACCAGGGCUACGAGCACACGGCCGAGGACCCCUCGCUGCUGUACCGCGUGGAGACCAUGCCCGGCCUGGGCUGGGUGCUGAGCAAAAGCCUCUACAAGGACGAACUGGAGCCGAAAUGGCCAACCCCAGAGAAGGUGGGUGCCCUCGGCUCUCCCGGGCAGGAUCCAGUGUUGCCUCGGGAUGGGGGAGGGGCCGAAGCCUAUUUCAAGAAGCACAAAUUCAACACGGUCCCGAACGUGCCGCUGAAGAACGUGGAGGGCUUAAAGAAGGACGCCUACGAGAUAGAAAUUCACCGGCUGCUGGGUGAGGCUGCGGUGCUGGAUCACAGCAAGAACCCGUGCGAGGACUCCUUCCUGCCCGACACGGAAGGCAAGACCUACGUGAUGUACAUCAGGAUGGAGCGGGAAGCCGACUUCACCACCUGGACUCAGCUCGCCAAGUGCCUGCACAUCUGGGACCUGGACGUCCGUGGCAACCACAAAGGCUUGUGGCGCCUCUUCCGCAAGAAGAACCACGUCCUGGUAGUGGGCGUGCCCGCCUCCCCCUACUCGUCGAAGAAGCCCUCCGGUGUGACCCCCAUCUACAUGGAGCCCCCCGCCAAGGACGAGGUGGCCGGGCAGGCGGCAGCGGCGGAGCAGACGUGAGCCGGCGCAGUUCCCACGGCACCACCACGCACGGAGAGGAGAGCGCGGGGGACGCCGCGGCCUGUAGACUCCCGGAGGGGUGGGGGCCCGGCGACACCCCAGGAGGCGCCCCUGCUCCCUCCACGGGUGGAAGACCGGGCGCAGGGCUGCCCCUCCGUGGGGCCCUGGCUCCUGUCAUGCUGGGCCCGGCAGCGCUGCCCUGUAGGACAUAGAAGCCCCGCCCCGCCCGCGUUUUAACACUGGGACUCUUUACUAACUUGCCCCCCUUCCCGGGUGGGGGUUGGGCAGGAGGGGGUGUUUCAAUGCACCGGCUCCUUUGAGGCCCCCUUUGUCCCACGGGGGGACAGUCUUGCUGCUGGGGACGUGCUGCCGCCGUCAGGCCAGAUUUUAUUUAUUAACGC